AUGGGUGGUGGGAAUUUGGAGGACGAAAAUUAUUACCACGGUUUGUUACCACGCGAAGAUUUACCACAUCUGCUAAUCAAUGAAGGCGAUUUUUUGGUACGAUCAAGUGAAACAGCACCGAAUCAACCACGACAAGUCAUUAUUUCUAUUUUGGUGGAGAAAAGGGGUGCAAUUUUAAGACAUAUAGUGGUACAACAAAAUGCAUACGGGAAAUACGUGACCGAUGCUCGCGCAAGUUUUGAUAGCGUACCAGAGCUCAUACAAUUUUAUCAAAAAUGUGGUGAACCGGUGCUUAGCACGGUACCAAAGGCGGUUUUGAAACGAGCAAUAACUCGACCACCAUGGGAAUUACGACAUGAAACAGUUAUAAUCGAAAACAAAAUUGGUGAAGGUGAAUUUGGUGAAGUGUUUUCUGGCAAAUAUAAACUUCCAACAGGAAGAGUGAUUGAAGUGGCCAUUAAAUUGGCUAAAACAGCAGAAACGUCUAAAGAAAAAAUAAAAGAAAUGAUGAAGGAAGCUCGUCUAAUGCGUAAUUAUGAGCAUCCAAACGUCAUACGUAUGUAUGGCGUAUGCGUUGAACAUGAUCCAUUACUUAUUGUUAUGGAAUUAGUGGAUGGUGGUGCAUUGGAUGAUUUUUUGAAGAAAAAUCGAGUUUCAGUGAAAGAUAAAGUUGAAAAAAUGGUUGCUGGUGGUGCUUGGGGUGUAGAAUAUUUACAUUCAAAAAAUUGUAUUCAUCGUGAUAUUGCUGCUAGGAAUUGUUUACUUACACGUACUGGAAUAAUAUCAAAACUUUCUUCCACAAAACACAAUCAGUUCAUGAAAAGGUCAUUUCUGUUGCAUGUGAAAAUAUCGGAUUUUGGUUUGUCACGUGAAGGUGACGAAUAUCAUAUGACAAAAGCAAGACGAGUACCAAUCAAAUGGCUUGCACCAGAAACAAUCCAACGAUUAGUUUACACUUCUAAAACGGAUGUAUGGAGUUACGGUGUUAUGGUAUGGGAAAUUUUUGCAAAUGCAGCAGAACCAUAUCCAGGAAUGACAAAUGCACAAGUGAAAGAAAAAGUUAUAAAUGGAUACAAAAUGCCAUUUCCACCAGAAGCACCACCAUGGAUUGUAGAAGUCGUACAUAAUUAUUGUUGGCAACUGAAUCCAGAUAUGAGAGCUAAUAUGGGACAAGUAGCACGACGAAUCGAACAGAAUGCUGGUAUAACAGCUCCAGUGCUUAUCACUACACCUGUAACUUAUUCGCCGAAGUUAGGAGAUUCAUUACAACCAUCAGGUAUGUCUUGA